CCUAACAGUCUGUUAAAUGUACCCAGAUGCUUGAUUAUGGUCAGUUGUGAGUAAAUCACAAUAGCUGACACUUUAUUUUCCAAGGGUUGAAUGUCUUGACCAUCAAUGGUAUCCUCAAGAACAAUUUCCAAGUGUCUACAAUAUGUAAAGACCUCUGAAGACAGACGAAUUGCUUGAAACUUUGCAUCGUGCCUCCAAAACCGAAAGAUGUGAUGACAGCAGUCUUAUGCAUACUAUGCGUAGCUAUUUGGAUUUGAAUGUGUGGCUUAAAAAAUGCUACCUUUGAACAGACAGUCAUACCUUUCAAGGUAGCUGUCCGGUUUUACAUUUGGUGUGACGUAUAGAGAUCUGAACGCCGGAAUUUUUUUGAGCGACUAUAUGCAAAGAAACCAUUCGGUUCAUACGAGGUGUUGGAUAGUGAAUUAGUACAGCGAGUUUUCAAGAAUGGCCAAGGUCGCUUCUUCAGUUCUGCGCUUCUGUGAUACUUUCCUUUUUGACUGUGAUGGUGAGGGUUGUCAAUUUCUUGAUGUUUAAGGUGUUAUCUGGAAUUCUAACGUCCUUAUUCCAUCGGCUCAAGCACUUAUACAAUAUUUGUUCGACCGCAAAAAGAAUGUUUUUUUAAUUACGAAUAAUAGCAGAAGAUCUGUAAAAGAAUACGUCUCCAAAUGUAAUGGCUUGGGACUCCCAGUAUCGGAAAGAAAUAUAAUAUGUACGGCUCGUGUUGCUGCUUGUUUUCUUCGAGAAAAAAUAUCAGACGGGGAGGUGUAUGUGGUUGGUGAAAGCGGAAUCAGCACUGAAUUAAAUGAAUCUGGAGUAUCUCACUUUGGAAUCGGACCUGACUUCCCAGCCGACUCGUCUAAUCCUCUUCAUGGAGUAGAAUUAAGACCAAACGUAAGACUAGUUAGUUAUGUUAUACCUUAGGUGAAAGCCGUUGUUGUAGGCUUUGAUAGUCACUUUAAUUACAGGAAACUGAUGCGAGGAACUGCCUACAUAAAUAAUGGGGCUUAUUUCUACGCUACGAACGAAGAUGCACAACUACCGGGUGGCAAUAUUGUCUUCCCAGGUACUGGAUCUAUCGUAUCAGCUUUCAAAGUUGCUUCAGGAAAGGAGCCUGUUGUAUUUGGAAAACCACAUAAACCUAUGUUUGAUCUACUCUGCCAAUAUUGCGAAUUGGACCCUUCAAAAACUGUGAUGGUUGGAGAUAACUUAUAUACUGAUAUCGCAUUUGGGAAUAAAUUUGGUUUGCAUACAGUAUGCGUCCUGACGGGUGUCACUAAUCAAGCGUUAAUUGAUAAAGUAAACUGUUCACCAGAAGAUGAACUUUUUCGACCAAAAUAUGUUUUGCAAUCCGUUACAGAUAUUUUAAAUAUUUUAAAAGAAUAAAUCAACUGUUCUUACCCUCUUGUUUACUCCUAAAAUAUUUCUCCUUAGUUCGUAUGUAUUUUCAUGUACCAGUGAUCAUCUUCUAAUUAGCUUACUCAGAUUUUGUGAUUUACAUUGUUCACUCAUUAUGUUCUUAGGCCCUUCUUUAUAUUUAUAUAAAAUAAGUGCUUGUAAACAUGGAAUUGAGUCUUAACAAGACACUUUUAUAUGGCUAUAUAAAUUAUUGUCACUUUUCUAAACUGAUAUACUGUUUUUUUCUGGCAGUGAUUGUUUACAGUAACAGGUUUAUUUCGUUCAAUCAGGGUGUGGUUAUAAACAAGUAUAGAAUUGUAUGACUA